AUGUGCACGGCGCAUAUGGCUGAAUGCCCAGUCUGCGGGAAAGAAUAUCUUCUCUUGGUUGCUCUGUGUCCGAACGCCCGGCCGCCUUCCAGCGACUGUCCUCAGGGGGUCACCAUCGUCAACGAGGAAAUGCGUGAAGGCGGAUGUCCGAGUCCCGUCUGUCCCAACAGCUUGAGAGGAGGCUGCCAAGUGAUGUAA